CCAACGCCACCCACGCGAAGCACUAGACAUGCUUCCGAAUAGCCUUUUCUUCUUGUUCUUCUUCCUUUUCCUUCCCCUCGUGGCAUGCACGUCGGUGCCGCCGCCGGACUUGGCGCCGAUGAGCCCCGAUGAGAACGCCACCGAGUUCAUCCGCGCUCGCUGCGUCCUCACCCGUUACCCCGACCUCUGUUUCACGUCGCUCUCCUCCUACGCGUCGGCCGUCCGGCGGAGCCCCGUCCAGCUCGCCCGGCUCGCCACCAACGUCACCCUCACCCGCCUCCGUGCCCUCCGCGCCCACGUCUCCGCCCUCCGCCGCGCCGGAGCAGGCGCGCCCGGGCGCGAGGCGGCGGCGCUGCGUGACUGCGCCGAGCAGCUGGGCGACGCCGCCGACCAGGUGGGUCGGACCGCCGCCGAGCUGAGGGGCCUGGAGGCCCUGGUUGGGAUGGAGGUAUCGUGGCGAGUCUCCAACGCCCAGACGUGGAUGAGCGCCGCCCUGACCAACGAGGACACAUGCUCCGAUGGCUUCCGCGAGAUGGGCGGCGGCGGCACGAGCUCCAUCAGGACCGACGUGUGCCGGCGGGUCGGGAGGGUUAUUCAGUACACGAGCAACGCCCUUGCCCUCGUCAACAGCCUUGUCAACGGCGGAUGAUCGCUUCUCGCCGUCUCUCUCUUAAUACUUGGAUCACCAAAGCUGCGUAUUUUAAAGCGGUCUUGAAACAUGGUAUGUCUCAGAUAGCUAAUUUCGUUGGUGUUGUGUGAGAGAGAGGGAGAGAAUAGAUAUAAAGUGGUAUUGUAGUUAGUCUAGUGUUGGUGAGUUGCUUGCUUGGUGGGAUUCUGCUUUGUAAAGACACUCUUCUAUGGCGUGUUUCCGGUUGUCAUUUGUCUUCUUCCUUGAAAACAAAUGCCGUUCUUUGCAAGCUUUAACAUGCCUUGUCGUA